CUGGUACCGUCCUACCACCCUGGAGCAGCUGUACAGCCUGUUGGAACAGCACGGAACCGGUCAGGACCGGUACAAACUGGUCUGUGGGAACACUGCUGCAGGAGUGUACAAGAAUGAUGGGCCCUUCACUUCUCUGAUUGAUGUGAAAUCUGUGGCAGACUUGUUCAUCACCCAGGCUGGUCCCCCACUGGUUGUUGGUUCUGCUGUGAGCCUGUCUGCCCUUGUGGACCUGCUACAAACCGGUUCAGACCAGUCUCCAUCCUACGCCGUGCUGGCGGAACAUUUGAUGAAGAUUGGCAAUGUGUCGGUCAGGAAUGUUGGCAGUUGGGCAGGAAACUUGAUGAUGAAACACGCUCACCCAGAAUUCCCUUCUGAUGUCUUCACUAUCAUGGAGGCUGCGGGGGCAAAGGUCACAGUCGGUACCCGACAUGUCAGGGAGACGGUUGGACUGGUCGACUUCCUGAAGAUGGGCAUGGCUGGCAAGCUGAUUCUGAGUGUGGAAAUCCCUGCAGCUCUUCCAAAUGAAGUCUUCAAAACUUACAAGAUCAUGCCAAGGGCACAGAAUGCCCAUGCCUAUGUGAAUGCUGGCUUCAGGUUGCGGUUAGGUGGACAGGACAAAAUGUCUGUGAUGGAGAAACCUUCCUUGGUGUUUGGGGGUAUCAGCAAAACUAUGGACCAUGCUGUGGCAACUGAAGACUUUCUCAUUGGCAAAAAUCUCUUGGAGGAUGGAACACUUCAAGGAGCGUUGUCAGUCCUGGAGAGUGAGCUGAAGCCAGACGACUCUUCCCUCUUCUCUCCAGAGUACAGGAAGAGCCUGGCAUCCACACUCUUCUACAAGUUCUACCUAUCAGCUGUUGGGAGAGACCACCUAACUGAGCCGGUCCGUUCCGCCCUGGAGCCCCUGGUGCGGCCGGUGUCCCGCGGGGAGCAGCACUUCCAGACUAAGGAGUCGGAGUGGCCCCUCAGGAAACCCGUGCCUAAAACUUCAGCCAGGGUCCAGGCAUCAGGAGAGGCUAUGUACACCAACGACCUGCCUCAAACCUCCGGUGAAGUCUGUGCCGCACUCGUGACUUCAACCGUGGCCAACUGCAAAGUGGGAACCCUGGACUUUUCACAAGCCAUGGAAAUGCCAGGAGCGAUCACCUGUCUAACAGCGAAGGAUAUCAAAGGAGAAAACAACUAUAACGUGCCGUUCUUGGCUCCAGUGACUCCCAAAAUCGAGGUUCUCUCCAGUGGCGAAAUACUACAUGCUGGUCAACCAUUGGCUGUUGUCAUUGCAGACACCCAGUCCCAUGCUGAUGCCAUGGCUCAGGCUGUGAAGGUGACCUACACUGACCUGAAGCCCCCCAUCCUCACCAUCCAAGAUGCCAUAGCUGCCGAAUCGUUCCACUACCCUGUCUUCGAGUUGGUGAAGGGGGAUCCCAAAGGCGCCUUGGCUGCUGCACCUCAUCGCAUCUCAGGCGAGGUCUCAUGUGAUUCCCAGCACCACUUCUACAUGGAGACACAGGCGUGCCGCUGCGCCCCCUUGGAGGAUGGGAUGGAAGUACAGUCUGCCACCCAGGCUACAGACUUUGUUCAGAAUUCUGUAGCACAGGCGACUGGCAUCUCUGCGCACAGACUGUACGUGUCUGUGAAGAGACUUGGCGGAGGGUUUGGAGGGAAGACCCUUGGCUCCCUACUGCCUGCUGCCGCUUGUGCUGUUGCCGCUCAAAAUGUCAACAGACCCGUUCGUCUGAGCCUGAACCUCGGUACCAACAUGGAAGCUAUAACGAAGAGAGCCCCAUAUCUGCUGAAGUAUGAGGCUGGUUUUGAUGAUGAUGGAAAACUGAUGGCGGUGGUGUACAAUCUGUACGAAGAUAACGGGAGCUCACCUCAGUGUGCUUUCAUCCCUAUUCUACCAGCGUUUACUGACAAUGCAUACAGCUGCCCGAAUUGGCAGUUCACCGGACAAACCUGUAAAACUCACACCGUCCCAACAACAAUGACUCGGGCUCCAGGUCUCAGUGCUGUUCACUUCUUCACGGAGCACAUCAUGGAACACGUCGCGAAGACUCUGAACAAGGACCCGACAGACGUCCGCAGGAUCAACAUGUUCCAAAACGGGCAGACCACUCUGUCUGGGUACACUCUGGUGGACUGCAACAUUACAACACUGUGGGACGAUCUUUUGGCAUCAGCACAAUUCAAGCAACGAAAGCAAGAGAUAGAAGUCUUCAACAAGGAAAACCGUUGGAAGAAGAAAGGACUGUCAGUGGUUCCAUGUCGAUACUCCGCCUUCCCUGGAUUUUUCCGCUUCACAGUGUUUGUAGCGAUCUACCACACGGAUGGCUCCGUGGUCAUCACUCAUGGUGGGGUGGAGAUGGGACAGGGGAUCGAUACAAAGGUAUCGCAGGUGGCAGCGGCUACCCUGGGCGUUCCCAUGGAAACGAUCCACGUCAUGUCCACCAACUCCCUCACCAGUCCCAACAGCUCGGACACGGGAGGCAGCGUCACCAGCGAGCUCAACUGUCAGGGAGUGCUUGAGUGCUGCCGGAGGCUGAAUGAACGGAUGGACCCCAUCAGACAGGAGAUGGGCGGGUCUCCAAAAUGGGCAGAACUCAUCAACAUGUGUCACAGGAAGGGGGUGGACCUGUCCGAGAAAUACAUGGAGCAUCACCCCCCGAAGUCUCCCCACCCAGCCUACAACAGCUGGGGCGUGACGUGUACGGAGGUGGAUAUGGACGUCUUGACGGGGGAGCGGGAGAUCAGGAGGGCAGACAUUCUGUUUGACUGUGGCGAGAGUGUGAACCCAGCCCUGGACGUCGGCCAGGUGGAAGGCGCGUUUGUGUUCGGACUGGGAUACUGGCUGACGGAGAAGUGUGUGUACGACAAGGACACGGGGAGGCUGCUGACUAACGGAACAUGGGAAUACAAGCCUCCGACCACGAAAGACAUCCCAGUUGACCUCAGGGUGACCCUGCUGCCUGAUGCGCCUAACCCGUACAAUGUCAUCAGGUCAAAAGCUGUAGGAGAGCCGCCCCUGCUGAUGUCGUGUUCCGCCCUGUUCGCCCUGAGACAGGCCGUGCAGAGCGCUCGGGAAGACUCUGGCCUCGGGGACGACUUCUUCCGUCUGGACGGCCCAGCCACUGUGGAGGUCUGUCACCAACGCUGCCUGGUGGAUUCAUCCAGUUUCACGCUGUGACGUCAGAAUCUUACUCUAUAACAUUUUACCUCACUCUAUGACGCCAUGGCACCACUCAAUGACGACAUGACACCCUUUACCCAUUACAGAAAUAUGCAGACAAAAUCUAUUUUCUAAAUAAUAAUAGUAACCAAGGUUAGAAUUUAGUUCUCUAACAAGUGUACUUUCAUUUUGGCCAUCAACUUCUCACCUAUGUAGAUGUAGACAAAAAUAGAUUAAACUUUAAUUUUUUUAAGGUCAAGGGAUAGUUGAUGUGAGCUGAGGUGAGGAGAUUUAAUUCUGGAAUGGUCUUGAAAAGCAAUUAAUACAAUACAUGAUAGAUUCUGUCAAUAUUUUAGCGGUGCCUUUUUAUUAAGCAAUCAAAUGAGGCCUAAGAAUGUAUUCCCAUAUUGUUCAAAAUGUUACUGGAAUAGUACUAUUAGGUAACUUAUAUAAAACCAUUCCUUUAUUGGUCGAUAUAAUAUGAUAAUAUUCAGAUCACAUAAAUAUAACACAUGAUCGGUUCCACUGAAGGGUAACAAAUGGACAAGGAACUAUCCGAAAACUAAUAUUAGGCUCAAGAAAUGACAUGGAAUACGAAGGUAAAAUAUUAAGUAACUUUAGGUUCAAAAAUCUUAAUUAUUUGAGUAAUAUACGUGUAAUAGUUAAAGGAGGAGGUAUGGGCUACAAAGAAAAUAUAUCUUACUAUGCUUAUAUUCGAUUAGAAGUAAGUAACCGUUGGGUACAGUAGUGGGAUUGACUUCAAAAUGAAUUUUUACUGAAAGUGACAGAAAAGUAACAAUUGGAACUAGAAUAAACAUAAGCUAAACAUGAA